AUGCCUAGAAGACGAGCCGACAACCAAAUGGGAAAACGAAGAAGAAUAACAUUAGCAGCCGCAACAGAAGCGUACGAUGAAGAGGGAGUAAUAGAACUAGAAAACGAUUUAAAAGAACAAGAGAUUAUAAGUAAGAUCAUGAGAAUCGCAAUGGAAUACUAUACAGGAAUGGAACAAGAAAAAGGAAAUCAAGAAGAAGACCAAUGGGUAUGUAAUGGAAUAAUAUGGACGGAAGAGGAAAUGGAAAUAAUACAACGAUGGGCCGAGGAAGAAGGAGAAUUAGAAAAUAUCAUAACACGUGAAGAAGAAGAAUGA